CAGGAACCUCAUCGCCCACCUCGUCUCCGCCAUGCGCUCCGUCAAGUCCGCCCUCUCCUCCGCUGGCUACCUCCAGAUCCGCGUCUGCACCACCCUCCUCCGGCCGCUUCCGCCACGGCUACGACAAGGCGAUCUUCGCCCCGAUGCUCAGAUCCCACCAGCGAUAUUCAGAGGCUUCUAGCAAUCGAGUUCGGAUUCGACGAGGAGUUCGCGAAUCAAUGCUUAGAUCGCCUUGUCGAUCUCUAUGGCUCAGAAGGAAAUGGCGUCUAUUAGUUCAUGGGGAGAACUCAAAGCAUGCAUCUAUAGAAGCUGAGGUGAAAAAGUAUGAGCAUUCCUGGCUAUUAUGCAUAACCGUUCUUCAUUUUGCAGCAUUCCUGGCUAUUAUGAGGGGCAUUCUGCGAAGGAGUUGGAUGGUUGUCAAGGCAAAUCUGGAAGAAACAGAAAGGAACUCAAAAGAUUAUUAA